GGGAGGGAAGGAAGGAGGGAAAGAAAGAAAGAAUGAGGCACGAAAAAAGAAAGAGAGAAAGCACGCUUUGUUUGUUUUUAUUCGCUUUGGGAGUUGAAAAGGGGCGGCAGGUCUUGGGCCCUCCUCCUCCUCCUCCUCCUCCUUCAACUAGGGAAGAAAGACAGGGACAAGGGAGCCAGAGCCAGCAUUUCUCCUUCUCCUCCUCCUCCUCCUCCUCUUUCUCCUUUGGCUCCCAUUUCCUAAUCUCAGGUAGCACUGCAGCAACAGGGCUGCUGCUGCUGGCGUUUUCCCGCCCAGGAGCUUAAGAUGGCUGCGAGGCUGCCUCUCUUCUCUUCUUCUUCUUCCACAUUGAGCCUCCUUCUUCUCCUCUUCGUGAUGGUGUCCUCCUCCUCUUCUUCCCUGGAGGAGGACGAAGAAGAAGCAGCAGCAGCAGCAGCCCUGUCUCCUCGGCCGGAGUCCGCCUUGCAGAAGCCCACCGUCUUCAUCGCCCUCCUGGCCAGGAACGCCGCCCGAGCCCUGCCCCACUUCCUCGGCUCCAUCGAGAGGCUCCGAUACCCCAAGGACAGGAUCGCCGUCUGGGUUGCCACUGACCAUAAUGUUGACAACACAACAGGUAUCCUUAGAGAGUGGCUGAAGAAUGUACAAAAACUUUAUCACUACGUGGAGUGGAGGCCAAUGGAAGAGCCCCAGUCUUACCCUGAAGAGAUUGGGCCCAAACAUUGGCCAAACUCCAGAUUUGCUCAUGUGAUGAAGCUGAGGCAAGCUGCUUUGAGAACUGCAAGGGAAAAGUGGUCUGACUAUAUUAUGUUUGUAGAUGCUGACAAUUUUCUGACCAAUCCAGAUGUGCUGAAUCUGAUGAUAGCUGAAAACAAGACCAUUGUAGCACCAAUGCUUGAAUCUCGCUCUCUGUACUCUAACUUCUGGUGUGGAAUGACACCUCAGGGCUAUUACAAGAGAACACCAGACUAUUCCUUGAUCAGGGAAUGGAAGAGGACUGGUUGCUUUGCAGUCCCAAUGGUUCACUCCACAUUCCUCAUAGACCUGAGGAAAGAGGCAUCGGAUAAAUUGAUGUUUUAUCCCCCACAUCAGGAUUAUACCUGGACUUUUGAUGAUAUCAUUGUCUUUGCCUUCUCAAGUCGCCAGGCAGAUAUUCAGAUGUACAUCUGCAACAGAGAACAUUAUGGCUAUCUUCCUGUGCCAUUGAAAGCUCAGCAGACCCUGGAGGAUGACAUUGACAAUAUUGUUCAUGUGCUCAUUGAGGCGAUGAUUGACCACCCUCCAAUUGAACCUUCAGAGUUUGUCACAGUUCCCCCAAAGCACCCAGACAAGAUGGGAUUUGAUGAGAUUUUCAUGAUCAAUCUCAAGCGUCGGAAAGACAGGAGAGAUCGAAUGCUGCAAACUCUAUAUGAGCAAGAAAUUGCAGUCAAGUUAGUGGAAGCUGUGGAUGGAAAAGCACUGAACACAAGCCAGCUGAAAGCUCUCAAUAUAGACAUGCUUCCUGGUUAUCGGGAUCCUUAUUCCUCACGAGUGCUGACCAGAGGGGAGAUUGGAUGUUUUCUUAGCCACUAUUAUAUCUGGAAGGAGGUGGUGAACAGGGAAAUGGAAAAGACCCUUGUCAUUGAAGAUGAUGUCCGCUUUGAGCAUCAAUUCAAGAAGAAGCUCACAAAAUUGAUGGAUGAUAUUGAGAGAGCUCAGCUUGACUGGGAACUCAUAUACAUUGGCCGGAAGAGGAUGCAGGUGGAACGCCCUGAAAAGGCUGUUCCCAAUGUCAUGAACCUUGUGGAAGCUGAUUAUUCUUAUUGGACCCUGGGCUAUGCUAUCUCCUUGCAAGGAGCUCAGAAGCUGAUCGAGGCGCAGCCUUUUGGGAAAAUGUUGCCUGUAGAUGAAUUCCUGCCAGUCAUGUACAACAAGCACCCUGUGGCCAAGUACAUGGAAUACUAUGAAUCUAGAGACUUAAAAGCUUUCUCUGCAGAACCUCUACUAAUCUAUCCAACUCACUACACUGGGCAGCCAGGAUACCUGAGUGACACAGAGACCUCAACAAUUUGGGACAAUGAGACUGUGGCCACAGACUGGGACAGAACACUCUCUCGAAAAACACGUCAGCAGGGCCAGAUCCACACAGAUGCCCAGAACAAGGAUGCUUUGCCACCACAACCCUCUCUUGAUGCAUCAUCCGCCAGGGAUGAACUAUGACUGUUCAGUUGUCCAAGGGACUUUGUUAGGAUUGGCAACAGUAGGAGUUGCCUCACGUUCCAUCCUUUCUUGGCCUAGAAUCUUCCAGAGAGAUGUGUGCUCUCUUGGCUGGCAAGCACAGUCGGUUCCAGCCAACUGACUGUAACUAAGGAGUCACCUCUUAUUUUGUAAGAGGAGUUGUUGAACCUGAUUGAGUCAGGCUGUCAGAAGUCUACAAAAUAUUGUACUGAAGUAGGCCAUGUUUUGGCUUAUAGGUUUGUACAUAGUUGAGCUGCUGGAGGACUCCAUAGGGCAGCAAUUUUAUACUCAAAAAAAGACAAAUAUCCCUCAAGUGACAUCUUUUUACAGUUCCUUGUGUACAAUAACUAUAUUUAUAAAGAUUAAUAUAUAAGAGAGGUAAAUGCCCUUCAGGUUAAUUCCAUGGCCUACUGCUGUGUAACAUGAAUUGUUUCUGCUUUGUGUGUGUGUGAACUAUUUGAGAAAAGUUGUAAGGGGAAGGAGUUUUUUUGUUUACAAAGGAUUAUUCUCAGAAAUUUUCCCAUGUCUAUAACUGUCAAGGGGCCUGAAUGGAUUUGCAAUGUGUCUAUUUUUUGGAUUACCAGUGGUGCCAAUUGCUUCACUUACCUCUAAGUCAGGGAGUGGUUGUUACUAUUAAGAAUUAGAAUCACAGCUCCCAGACCCUAAAAUUCUUGGUAGGCCUUGAGCCAUGCUUACCCUCACUAUUACUCCACAGCGGCUGGUUGCUUUUAUUCACAUAUUACAGAUGGAGAACUGUGGGUUUUGAGGUUGAGGACUAAAUUGUGUAUUGCCAGUAUUCAGCAUCAGGUGUUGCAGUAUGAGCAUGUGUCUUAGUCAUCACAAGUAUGUCUUGAACUCUCUCCUCAAACACAAUGUGUGAGUAUGGAUUUGGGUCAUGUAUUCAGCAAAUGACAUGGCAUGUAAGAACGGGCUCCUCUCUUGUCUUCUGCUGUGCUGAGGACUAGGUAGAAAUUUUAACCCAGGUUUCCAGAUCGAGGCUGAGCACUUGUAUGUAAAUAAGGAAAGCCUAGUGCUGAUGUGAUAUUGGCGGGAUACAGACUGCCCAAAAAGGCCAUCUGCUGCUGCUGCCUCUUUUUCCACCGGUGGGAAGCUGCAGUGGAUAAACUGCGGCUUCCCACCGGCAGAAAAAGAACCCGCAAAAAGCAGGUUCUUUUUUGUCACAAGCAUGAGGCGACAUGCGGAUGCUAUGCGUUCAUCACGUUGUAAUGGCAGCGCCCAUGUAAACAGGGCACCACCAUUUUGACACCGGCAGUACUAGGGUUAGGGAGCGUCUGAAUGGUGCAUGCUCCCUAACCCUACCACCGCCGCUGCCAUGCUACAUUUUGCCGGUAUGUAUUUAUUCCCUUUCCAUUUUACAGCAGGGGUGGGGAAUGUGUGUUCCUCCAGAUGCUGUUGGAUGACAGUGCCUGUCAACCUCUAGUCAGCAUAAUCCGUAGUGGUGGAAGAUGGGCAUUGCUGUCCAAUAACUUCCAAAGGGCCAUAAGUUCCCCAUCACCGCCUUAAAGCAUUUAUCUCUAUCAUUCCAAACAUGGCAGCUUCCAGGCUUGGUUUUAGAGAUGCCUUUCUAAGAAAAAAACUGGAAUAUUUGACUUUCAAUGAGUCUAUCCCAAGUGCCACUGUAAACACAACAGAAGCCUUUCUCAGUUUCUCCUAUUUAAUUUAGAAUGCAAAGUGAAUUAUUUGCUCAUCCUACUUUAAUGUCUUUUGUAGCAAGCAUCUCUCGAUUCCUUUUAACAAAUUGCAUUCGCUGCUUAAUUGGAAUUGAUUUUUUGUUAAGAAUACAUUUGUUAUAUUAUGUAAACUGUCUGUGAUCUAGAUGGAAGAGCACUUGGCUUCUUUACCCCCAAUUUGAUAAUGGAGUUUGUCUUUCUUGAGAUGAGCUGUGAUAAUGCUCCCAACCAGGUAAGUCCACAUAUUUAUAAAUGCACCAUAAAGUCAGUGGUCAUUUGCAAAACUUUUAAGAGAAGAAAGCAAAGCAAGAAUAUGUGUGCAUGUUUGUGUGUUUAACCUGUUGUAGAUGCUGUACACAGGAAUUGUUUUUAGAUGAAGUAACUGUAGGAUAUGAUACUCUUUCCUGAAGGGUUUGCUGCUGUUUAUCAGCUGGCCUGAUAAUAUAUAGCAAUGGGUGCAAAUCAACUCCGCUGGUGUCAUGGUCUUUGUGACUUUAACUGUUGAUGGGAUAGUGAAAUGUGGUGUGAUCUGAUUUUUGUUAUUCUCAUCUUUAGUUUUAUGAAUUAAAGAUAAUCCAUCUCUGCUGUUAAA